AUGUCAAGUGAACAAGAAUCAGCAAACCUGGUCUUCAUCCCUCUGCCCAUACUCAGCCACCAGGCCGCCGCCGUGCAAACCGCCGGCCUCCUCGUGGAGCGGGACCCACGCCUCUCGGUCACCAUCAUCGUCAUGAAGCUCCCCAUCGACACCAAAAUAAACUCCCACGGCUCCUCCCCCGACGACCGCCACCCUAGGAUAAGGUUCGUGGAGCUUCCACCGGAUGAGCAGAGCUUCGUCAAAUGGGGCAAGACCCCGAGCUCCCUCACAGUACACUACAUCAACAGCCAGAAAGGCCCGGUCAGGGACGUCGUCAAGAGUAUACCUAAGUCGGUCCGUAUCGUGGGCUUCGUGGUCGACAUGUUCUGCACGGCCAUGAUCGACAUAGCCGACGAGCUCGGCCUCCCAUCCUACAUCUUCUUCACGUGCAGUGCCUCGACCCUCGGGCUCUUUUUUGGGCUUCAGGAAUUUCGAGACGGACAGGAUAAGGACCUGGCAGAGUACGAGAACUCGGAGUUUGAGAUUUCGCUUCCGAGCUACGCCAACUCUGUUCCCGCCAAGGUGUGGCCGUCGUUGGUGUUCGACAAGGACAGAGACUUCUUGGGCACCACGAAGAAGUUCAGGGGAACUAAGGGAAUCGUGGUGAACACGUUCCUCGAGUUCGAGCCGCACGCGAUCCGGGCCCUCUCGGGCCACGGGAAUAUACCGCACGUUUACCCUGUGGGCCCAAUCAUCCAGCCGGUGGUCAAAAAAGGCGGUUACGAAGACGUUUUCAAGUGGCUGGACGAGCAGCCCGACUCGUCGGUUGUGUUUGUAUGCUUCGGCAGCAUCCACUGCUUCGAAGCAGGGCAGGCGAAGGAAAUCGCGGAGGGGCUCGAGAAAAGCGGGCAAAGGUUUGUUUGGUCGUUGAGGAAGCCGCCGCCUGCUGGAGGGACACUGGAGUUUCCGGGAGAGUACGAAGAUCCGGGGGAGGUCCUUCCGGAAGGUUUCUUGGAACGGACUUCGGGGGUCGGGAAGGUGAUCGGGUGGGCCCCACAGUUGGCGGUGCUGGCCCACCAGGCGGUCGGGGGUUUCGUGUCGCACUGCGGGUGGAACUCAGUGCUCGAGAGUGUGCGGGGAGGCGUGCCGAUAGCCGCGUGGCCACUGGCUGCCGAGCAGCAGGCGAACGCGUUCCAGCUGGUGAGGGAGCCUGGGAUUGCGGUCCAGGUCAAGAUGGAAUACAACAAGAUUAGCUGCAGUGAGAUUGUGCCGGCCGAGAGGAUAGAGAGGGCCGUGAGGGAGCUGAUGGGCCCGGAGAAUGCGGUCCGGCGGGCUAAGGUGAGGGCUUUGCGCGACACGAGUCGGGUUGCCAUGUCGAGAGGAGGUUCGUCGUAUGAUUACUUGGGCCGUUUUAUCGACAGUAUUUUUGGAUAA